UGUUGCUCCACAGAUGAUUUCCACACACGCGGUUUGUUUUCAAGAAGAUUAGCAAGGUUGUGUCUGGAUCGGCAGGAAAUCCUGUAGGAUUAACAGUGUGAAGCUAUCACUAAUGAUGGAUCAUAGUCGUGUUCCUGCCUAUUGUCCCGAUGUGUCCAGAGGUUGCUAUGAGACGGACCACAUUAGAGGUGAAGCAACAGAGUAUGAAGGUUAGAGCGUGGAUAAUCAUCAUGUAGAAGCACACAGGCUCUGGUCAACACCUAAUCGACUUCCUCUGAAGGAUCUGCUUAAAGAUUCAAGGACACAAUGAAGUUUGUUUUGUUUGUGAUUUUCUUCGCAAUGACCUGCCAUGUGAAUUACGGGCAUCACUAUGGCAGCAGCAACUCUGAUAGUGAUGAGAGGUUCUACCCCUACCUGUUCCCCACCUUCCAGUGGUACCGCCCCAGACCUCCGCCCAUCCGCUACCCCUUCCUGUUCUGGCCUGUGUACCCGAGGCCCCUGCCUGCUCCGGCCCCUCCUCCGGCCCCACCUCCGGCCCCACCUCGGACCCCGGCCCCUACGCCCCUGACCUCGACCCCCGCCCGGACCCCUGGCCGCGGGGACAUGGACGUCUAACCACUGAAGACUAACCGCUAAAGAGCCGCAAAUUACCCCGGGGCCGAGCCAGAUGCUACAAAGCACCGUUUGUCAAGAUAGAAACUAAACAUGCAAUACGCUUCAGCCUGGUGCGAUCGCCUCAACAUGUGUGUGUGUGUGUGUGUGUGUGUGUGUGUUUCCGUAUGCAUGUUGCUUCUGCUGUGUUGAAAUGCUUGCUUUUCGUGUUGAUGUUGCAUUAGUCAGUGUUGUGUGACAGUAUUGGUUAGGGAUUGUUUUGGCUUCAUAUAAGAUGGGGUCAUCUUAUAUCACAAGGUUAGAAAACCAAUAGAAUGUAUUCACUCAUCAUUCAUUCAUCAUCAAUAACCAUUGAUUGGUGCCUUAAGAAGGGGUGGGACUGGUGUUUAAGGGCGGUAGUGGGUGGGGUGGUGGAGGGUGGAGCACCGAUGCUGCUCCAGGGUGAUAUUUACCAUGCAGGGCCCAUCAUAAGCAGGGGGAUUACCUCUCAGCCAGUAAUAACCGGGCUUAGUCCUAAAGACGGCUGCGCUUUUGGCUUCAGCAUUACUCAGCAGAUGCUGCUGUUCCCAGUGGUUAUGUCCUGACUCUACUGCGUGCACUGCUACCAAAACCACUGCCGUCGGCUUCCCUGUACUGUAGCAGAGAAAUACUCCACCCUCUCGCAACAGUGAUAUUCUUGCCAUGGUUUUUACAUGACUUUCUUCCAAUACCGAUAACGAAUGUAUCCUUUAA